AUGAUCCCUACAGUACUUCUGUCACCGCCAGCUUUCGAAAACACCCUGAGGGCAAGAAAGUAUGACAUCAACGUCGCAGAGAAUUUAUCUCCUCUUCAACCGUCCAUCAUCGAAGGAUUUGAUCAACUCUACGGGCAAGCGUGGGAUCUGGGCCGUGUCUUCAAAGGCUACCUUGACCAAGAAAUUAUCAAUAAAGAGAAUUCGCCCUAUUACGCCGCUUCUUUGAAGAAGUGGCAUAAAACUGCUUUCAAACGGGUCAAAGACCUUUGCUACUCUUACCGAAAUACAAACGACGGUACAAUUUCGUAUCAUGUACUGGACGAAGAAGAAGACAAUGGCCUUGAUGCAUUUGAUCGUAUUUCAAGAAAUCUGCAGAAUUGUGCUCGACCUACAAGUCAAGACGAGUAUGAAGAUUACAUCUCAGGUGAUCCAUAUGAGAUUGCGCCAACAACUGCUUUAUCAUGGUGGCUUCAAGAGCGACAUAGGAACCGACGGCCGAAGUUAUCACGAAUGGCAAUAGACAUCCUAUUAAAGUCUGACAUUCACAGCGCCCUUGAGGCAAUCGCCAAUGGCGGAUCCGCCAAGAAGGCUGCUCGCGAUUGGGGCGUCCGAGGGCAACUCUUACAAUCGCAUGCAUGGUCACGAAUGCAGAAAGGAUGCAUUUUCUGCUCUUCAGAGGCUUUUCAGACACAGGAAAAGCAACUUACCGAAUGGAUUCUCAUUCAGGACGCCUUGGGCCUUCCUCCCACUCACUCGCAGAUCAGGCAGUUCGCGCAGCGCAUGCUCGCCGUCAAAGGAGACCACACACCGCUCGGAAAACACUGGAUGCAAGCAUUUUUAAGACGAAAUCCUGCAGUUCGGACCCAGAAGUGCCAUCACAGAGACUCUGCGCGUGUCAACGGCGCUUCUACCGAGGUAAUUCGGCCUUGGUUCAACAAUUUCUUCCUUCCCGAGAUUCUGGCUAUUAAGCCGGAGAACAGGUACAACAUGGAUGAAGCAGGCAUCAUGGAAGGACUUGGGGAGAAUGGCCUGGUCGUUGGCAGUGCUGAAAAACGAUCUGUACAAAAGAAGACGCCUGGUUCUCGGGUCUGGACGUCGUUCAUCGAGUGCGUGUCCGCUGCCGGCACCUUCCUCCUCCACUCGUCAUUUUCAAGGGCAAAUCGGUCCAGCAACAGUGGUUCCCAGAAGAUCUCAGUACUUUUAGUGACUGGCAAUUCACUGCGACAAAGAACGGCUGGACUUCGGACCAAACUGCGGUGGAGUGGCUCGAAAAAGGGUUCAUUCCAAGAACCCAGCCACCCCACCCCUCCGGGCGAAGACUGCUAG